GAGGAGGCCAUGGUGAAUGUAUUUGUCAUUGCUUCUUCUUUUAUCGGCCACUGCUUUUCAUUUGUAGCUGGAACAAACAACUGAAGAUGAUGUUCAGAAUUUGAGCAAAUGGUGUUUUCAUGCAAAAUGGAAGGCAUGUGUCUGCACACACUCUAGUCUAGAGAAGCAGAAAGGAAGAAGAAAAGAGCAUAUCAGUCUGAUUUUUGCGCUGGCACAGGAAGCAAUAGAAUAACCAUCUGCUGUCUGCCACAGUUCUAACUGAAAGGUCUGUCUUUUGGGGUUGUAAUCAGCAAAAAAAAAUGUCUGAGUUCAGCCAAAACUCUGACCAGGAAGAAAUUUGUUCUGAGGAUAUUGAUGAAGAUGAAAUCUUAGCAAAUCUGUCCCCAGAAGAACUGAAGGAACUGCAAUGUGAAAUGGAAGUCAUGGCCCCAGACCCCCAAGUGCCAGUUGGAAUGAUACAGAGAGAUCAGACUGAAAAACCUCCAACAGGAAAUUUUGAUCACAGAUCUCUUGUUGACUACCUGUAUUGGCAGAAGGCAUCGAGACGUAUGCACGAGGAUGAGAGGGUGCCAGUCACUCUCCUACCAUCGGAGAGACUCAAUGCGGAGAGGUCUGAAGAAAAUGCUUCUGAUACUAAUGAUGAGAAUCAAAAGUUGAAAAAUGCUACACAGAAAACUAAUGGAGACAUAAGAGAUUACAAAAAUAAUGAAGAAGAGGAAGAGGAAGAGGAGGAGCAGGAGGAAGAAGAGGAGGAGGAGGAGGAGGAAGAGGAAGAGGAAGAGGAGGAAGAAGGAGAAGAUGAGACUGAGAAUGAGAAUGAAGAAGCAAAGGCAAAACAUGAAGAUAAUGAAAAAGACAAAGAUGAUCAGGCAACAAAUAAACCAUGGGGUGAUAAAGACAACAAAAGCAAAAAAGAACCUGAAGAAUCUUACACAGAAUCAAGUGAAAAAGAAGAUACUGAAAAUAAAAUAGCAAAGUUAGCUAUUCCCAAAAAAUUAGCCCUUGAUACCAGUUUCAUUAAGUUAAGUGCAAGGCCUUCAGGAAAUCAAACCAACUUAGAUGAAAGCUUGGCAAAAGUACGAAAGAAUGAUUCAGACAUGACAGAACUCAACUUGAACAACAUUGAAAACAUCCCAAAGGAAAUGCUAACAGAUUUUGUCAAUGCCAUGAAAAAGAACAAGUACAUCAAAACGUUCAGUUUAGCCAAUGUGGGUGCAGAUGAUAAUGUUGCCUUUGCCCUGGCCAACAUGCUACGUGAAAACAGGAGCAUCACUACUUUGAAUAUUGAUUCUAAUUUCAUCUCUGGUAAAGGAAUCGUUGCCAUUAUGAGGUGUCUGCAGUACAAUGAGAAGUUGACUGAGCUACGUUUUCACAACCAGAGGAGUAUGUUGGGCCAUCAAGCAGAAAUGGAGAUUGCCAGGCUACUGAAAGCCAACCCUACACUACUUAAGAUAGGCUACCACUUUGAGCUUCCAGGUCCUCGGAUGGUGGUUACCAACUUACUCAGCAGAAAUCUCGAUAAACAGAGGCAAAAAAGGAUAGAGGAGCAAAAGCAGCAACAGUUAAAACAGCAGAAGGAGCUAAUAGCCAUGUUAGAAAAUGGACUCGGGCUGCCUCCUGGGAUGUGGGAACUGCUAGGAGGACCGGUGCCUGCCGCAUUGAUACCUCCUCCAAUGCAGCCUCCAAUGCCAACAGUCCCCAAAGCUCCCCCUGUUAGCAGAAAAAACGAACCUGCAAGAAAACCAGCCCCUGAACAUGAAAACAGUGAUGACACUCCCUCUUUCAAAGUAGUGAAACUUAAGAGAACCCAGCGCAAACCCACUAUACAAGAAUACGUUGAGCCAGCUGAAAAAACUAAUCUCAAAGAUGUGAUCAAGACAUUAAAACCGAUCCCAAGAAGGCGGCCGCCUCCCCUGGUGGAAAUCACUCCCAGAGAUAAGCUUCUUAAUGAUAUUCGCCAGAGCAACGUAGCGUAUCUGAAACCAGUACCAGUUCCCAAAGAGCUGGAAUAAGGAACCGGUUCAGCUGGAGGAAACAACCUGAAGGAAAAACAAACAAAACCCCCAAACACGGACUAUUCAAGUGUUACUCCAGAUUGCUUCCGGGGCUGUUUCCUUCAGGUGGAAGCCAUGAAGAUGUGGGAACAACGUUUGAAGCAUGCGAUCUGUUGAAGUGAUAACUGAAAAGAGUAGAAUGGAAACAGUAUAAAUGGCUAAGUAUAUCCAUCUGGUCUCAAGUAACAAGCUGGUGCCAUGGCCCUAUAUCUGCCAUCAACAUUUAACAUCUGUGAUGGUGGGAUGGAAAGGGAUCCAUUGCCUUCCCGCCUUAUGUUGCCACUUUUAUAUAGAUUCUUUCAGUAAAUCUUAUCGCAAGCAUGUUGCCCUUUUACAUUUAUGGAAGUAUGUGGUGUCCUUUUCAGAGUCCUUUUCUUUCUCAUUCACUCGUCUGUAGUUGUGUGGCAUGCCUGCCAGCUUCAAAAUAUUUUUUUGCAAACCACAGUUAAUUCUGGUUUUAUUAGAUGAAGGAUACCACAAUAGAAAUAAACGUCUCCUUUUAAAAGAA